GUCCUCCCAGCUAUGUGCCAGCUACAGCCUUCCUGCAGAAUGCGGGCCAGGCCCACCUUAUCAGCCAGUGCGAGAGCCUGGAGGCAGAGGUGAGCUCCUUGCUGCAGCAGCGCCGUGGGGCGCUUCGCGGCUGCCUGGAACAGCUGCACAGCUACGCUACAGUGGCUUUGCUGUACCCGAGGACCACCCUGCUGCUCCACCGGGCCCACCAGUGGAAGGCCUGGUUGGAGGAGCUGCUGAGAGACAUGACAGUGGAGCACUGCCAGCACAUUUACAGACAAUAUGAGGUGCUGUUUGCCCCCCAGCCUCCUGCUGCCUCCUGCCAGUUCCUGUCCAGUGUGGAGUUGGCUCUGCAGCACCAAGUGGCCGACACCAACGAGCGCGUGAUGCACCAAGCGGAGCGACUGAAGGCCGAGGGCACGACUGCUGCAGCCUGCGAGGAGCAGCUGCAGGAGAUCGAGCACUGCAUCACAGUCUUCCUCCGGGAGAAUGGAGAGCUGGGCUCCCUCAGCCUGGCUGGAAUCAUCACCUCAGCUCUGUGCACACUCUGCAGGCGUAACCUGGUGAUGGAGGGAGCAGCAGCCAGUGCAGGAGAGCAGCUGGUGGACCUGGUAUCUCGGGACGGGGCGUGGUUUCUGGAGGAGCUCUGCAGUAUGAUUGGAAACGUCAGCGCCCUGGCAACUCUGCUCCAGCGCUGCCCUCUCCUGCCUCAUGACCUGGAUCUGCCUGCACCCUCAGCCACCACCCAGGCUGUAUACUUGGCCAACGCUGUGUACACCUGCUUGCAG